CUUAUGCUCAGUCUCACAUCUAAGACUGUGACCUGUUGUGCAGUGAUUGUUAAUGUGUCAACCUGAGCACAGGUAAUCACGAACAAGAAACACAUAAGUCUCUUACUGAUCCGACCAUUUGUCUUUAAAUUUUAACAGGACAAGGGUGUUGAAAUUAUUUCGCGUGUGUGUGAUUUAAUAAAAUUUUCAGUCAACAUAUUCUGGAUCAAACUAAAGAUAGCAAACCAACAGAAAGAGAGAUAGAAGAAGGAAAUAUAAAAUUAAAGCACAUUCAUCUUCCUGACUGAUCAGACAGAGUGGAAGGAGUGAAGUGAUAGAGGCAGUUCUACUUCAGUUGAAUGAUUUGUCUCCAUCAGGAUCAAAUUCAGAAUGAAUAUCCACCGUGUUCUGUUCUUCUGCUUCUUCUCAGCACUGUGUGGUGGAAACACUGGGCUCGUCAGCGCAAAAGUCAACAUUUAUACAGGAGCUGAGGGAGAAACUGGUACAAUUAAUUGCAACGUGUCUCCGUCUGGAAGCAGGAAGUUCUUCUGUAAGAACGAAUGUAAAGCAGAAGAUAUUCUGGUUAAAACAGAUGAUGUCAGAGCUCAGAGUGGCAGAUACAGCAUUGAAUACAGAGAUGGAUCUUCUGGAAGAGGAAUUGUGUCUGUGACCAUCACAAAUCUGACCAAGUCUGACUCAGGACGGUACAGGUGUGGUCUGGGCGGGACUUCGGUUCCAGAAUCAUUCAGUGACUUUGAGGUCAGAGUUUCAGAUGCAACUGGAAUCUCUGGUUUUCUCCAUACAUAUACUGAAGGAGAAAACGUCACACUGGGAUGCAGCGAUACUGUCUAUGGAAGGCAGAAGUUCUUCUGUAAAGGUGAAUGUAAAAAAGAAGAGGACAUUAUCAUUGACACAGAUGGGAACAGAGCUCAGAGUGGCAGAUACAGCAUAAAGUAUGACGCAGGAUCUGUAUUUGGACUGUAUGUGAGCAUCACACAGGUGACCAAGUCAGACUCAGGACAGUACAGGUGUGGUUACGGCAGAGCUCUGUCUCCAGAUUCAUACCGCAAGCUUCAGAUCAUGGUCAUAGAUGUUCCAACCACUUUAAAACCAACAUCGACUCUACCGGUCUUUUUAACAUCAGACCCAUCAGUCUCCACACCAACACAGAUUUCUCAGACUGACCAGCAGCAGACUGGGACAGCAUCACCUCGAGGUUUGCAGACCAGAGGAAAUUCAGAUGGCACAAACAUGGAGGUGACUUUCUUUAACUCUUUGAUUACUCUCACUGUUGGAUAAGAUGUACCAAUGUAGGUGACAACCAUUAAAGAUGCCAAUCCUCAGGAUUGGAAUCAGGGUGAUAUUUUAACAUGCUGAUCCUUUCUUUACUGAACUCUGCUGUGUUUACUCACGUUGUUGAGUUGCAGCGCAGCUCUCCUUCACGCCUACAGUGCAGCAUUGUUCAUUUUCAUGCAUGAGUGAAGGAUCUUGGACUCUUCCGUUCACUCGUCACACGUCAGCUGCAUGGGCUCCGUCAGUAGAGGAAACAGAAUUGAUUAGUUCACGACUCUCAACUGUGGGUCUCUAGGUUUGAGUCAUUCAUUCGUCACGUGACAGCUCCUACUGUGGAGCAGGAAUGAACUACGCAUUCACCGCUGAUAUUCUCCUCAGUCUUUUGUUCAAUCUGCAGGCUGAGUUACUGCCACCGCCGGAGAAUGAGAGGCUACGAUGGCCCAUAGGUCUCAGGCCUAAUACAAACUAACUAAACUAAUUCUGUUGUGGCUUUUGUAUUAGGCCUGAAACCUACGGGCCACCGUAAGAGGCAGGUCGGCUGUUAGGUAACAGUCACUGGACUGACAUUAUAUAGCUAUUUUGAUAAUGUAACAUUUAAUAAAGCAUAACGUUA